CACUCGUAUUGUUUCUGCUCACUAUUAUGCAAAUCCUUUGGUAAUCUUAUAAACGUAUAAUCUUAAUUUGUUCUCUCUCUUUCAGUACAGCUUGCUGGCAGAUACUUUCAGUUGUUUAAAAACAAGAGCAAACACAGUUUAACUCUAAGGUCCAUCAAAGCUGUUGAGCAAUGAUGCUCAUUCUGCUGUCAUUCCUCGUCGGUGUCUCCUUUUGCUCAUCCAGAUCAUUGGAAGUAGCAGAAGAGUUCAAGGAAUAUUCUGACUUAAAUCUUGAUGAGGAGAGAAGUGAAACUGAGAAAGGUGCCGAGUGGACGGACGAGUGGAAUCCUGACCCGCAGCAGAAUAUCUGGGAACUAAGCGGACAGUUUGAGGGGGACAUCGAGGAGGACGGUGAAGAUUACCAGCACCGGAACGGUCUCCUCGAUACCAGUUACCGCUGGCCGCGUGGAGUAGUUCCGUUUGUCUUCAGUCCAGAGUUUAACAUUUCGCAAAAAAGGAUUAUCUAUCACGCAAUGAACGAGAUUAUAAGGAACACCUGCAUCAGCUUCAGACCUCGGCACAGGGGGGAUAUAGACUACGUGAUUAUACAGGACAACAGGACGAAACCAGGCUGCUAUUCGCCUGUAGGACGUAAGGGGAACAGACAGCACGUGAACUUGGCCCGGCCUCGGUGUAUGAGGCACGGGGUCAUAAUGCACGAGCUACUCCACACUCUCGGCCUCUACCAUCAGCAGAGCGCCUCUAACAGAGAUCAAUAUGUUCAGAUAAACUGGCAGAAUAUCAAGGAAGGGCACAAGCGUAACUUUUGUAAGUUUCUCCCUUCCACCACUUCCAGCUUCGGUGUACCAUACGACUACAGUAGCAUCAUGCACUACAGCUCACACGCUUUCAGUCGUAACAUGCAACCCACCAUCACCCCCUUGAAAGCAGGAGUACAAAUAGGUCAGCGGUUUAGUUUGAGCCCAGGAGAUGUGGCAAAACUCAACAUCAUGUAUGGCUGCAGAACUUCAGGCUAACCAAGGACGGAGCACAAAAAUUAAAUAUUGUAAAAUUUGACCAAAAUAGUAAAUAGCAGUAGUGGUAUUUUUGGUCGUUAUAUAGGUUAUAAUAAAGAAAUUUUAGUUA